AAUUGAAUGCUAUGCCAGGAGUCGACGUAAAUACUUACGCUGUAGAGAGAGAGAGAUAGAGAGAGAGAGCAGUGAGUCACUUCCAAUUAGCCUUUCAGAACGGAGUUUCUUUGUGAGGGACACGAACGACGGGACCUUUGCGUUUCAAGAGGAGAGAGGAGUGAGCUUGCAUUGACUGAGUCAGGUUUCAACCCGACUGGCACAGAGAUACAGAUGAGCGCAGAGCAACAAGCGGGAUUCACCCUCAGCGCCCCCGCAGCUGUCUCGGAGACCUAACCCGCGCUCGUCUCUUCUUUUUCACAGCGAGAAACUUCUUUAUUGUCCUUUGUUUUCACUGCACGUUGCUGUUGUUCAGAAAGAACGAACCUUUGCUCUAAUAACAUCACUGUGAAGCGCCGAGGGCUUUCAUUCCUCAGCGGGCUGACACAGCAAGGAUCACAGAACAGGCUGGACUGUUUCUGUCAAACAGCUGGACUGGAGAAAUCAAUCGUUUUUGCAGUUUUGCAAAGCCCUGCAGUUCCCACAGUAAAAAACCCUUUGCGUGUCACAAGAUGCACUCAACAUGCCCUUUCCGCUAUAACUAUUUGCCACAAGACCCUGCCAAGCUUUUUUUAUGAUGGAACAUGCUUAAAUUUACUCUACGCAAGAAAAACAAACAAAAAAUAUCUUGGAGAUUUGAAGCAGCCCAUUGAAAAAACCGACUGGAGAACAGAGAUUACGACCACUUUCUACGUUAAACCUCGUGUGAAUUUUAAAAAAAAUACCUCCCCCAUAUUCCUGCGGUUCUCCGGGUCUCUGCGGAGCGAUGGUCCUGCUUUUGGAAACCGCUCCGCCCGGGAUCUUCUCCAACUGUUCCAACUGCACUCAGACUGCGGGCGCGGGGGUGGACCUCACAAAGGCGCUGACCCUGGGGCUGAUUCUGGGGGUCUUCAUCGUGUUCGGGAUCCUGGGAAACAUCCUGGUCAUCCUCUCCGUGGUCUGCCACCGGCACCUGCAGACGGUCACACACUACUUCAUCGUGAACCUGGCGGUGGCCGACCUGCUGCUCAGCUCCGUCGUGCUGCCCUUCUCUGCCACCUUCGAGAUCCUGGGCCGCUGGGUCUUCGGCAGGAUCUUCUGCAACAUCUGGGCAGCUGUGGACGUGCUGUGCUGCACCGCCUCCAUCAUGAGCCUAUGCGUGAUCUCCGUGGACCGCUAUGUGGGGGUCAGCUACCCGCUGCGCUACCCCGCCAUCAUGACGGAGCGCCGCGGGCUCCUGGUGCUGCUGGGGCUCUGGGCUCUGUCCAUCACCAUCUCCAUCGGGCCCCUCUUCGGAUGGAAGGAGCCGGCACCGGAGGACGAGAGCGUGUGCAAGAUCACGGAGGAGCCCGGCUACGCCAUCUUCUCUGCGUUCGGCUCCUUCUACGUGCCGCUCACCGUCAUCCUGGUGAUGUACUGCCGGGUGUACGUGGUGGCCAAGCGGGAGACACGCGUGCUGAGGUCCGGGGUGAAGAGAGAGAGAGCAGGCUGCGCGGUGGAGGAGGUGACCCUGCGCAUCCACCGGGGGAACACCGUCACCCCUCCCAGCGACGAGGCCCUGAAGAGCCGCACACACUUCUCCAUCCGUCUGCUCAAGUUCUCGCGCCAGAAGAAGGCCGCCAAGACCCUGGGCAUCGUGGUGGGCUGCUUCAUCCUCUGCUGGCUGCCUUUCUUCAUCGUGCUGCCCAUCGGGUCUAUUUUCCCUGCUUACCGGCCCUCGGAGACCGUCUUCAAGAUCACGUUCUGGCUCGGAUACUUCAACAGCUGCAUCAACCCCAUCAUCUACCCCUGCUCCAGCCAGGAGUUCAAGAAGGCCUUCCAGAACGUGCUGAACGGGGGCCCGGGCCCCAAAACGCCCCCACUGGGGCUCCCAGAGGGGCACAGGGACCCGGGGCUCAGCCCCUCCAGGCCGGUGUCCUGCCAGCUGUCCCUGGGAGGGGGCAGUGCGGAGUGGAAGGGGUUCCCGGGGCUGGGGGUGGGGGGUCGUGCGUGCUGCGGGGCCACGACGGCCCGUGUGCGCAGUAAGAGUCUGCUGCGGGCUUGCUGCUGCGUUGCCACGGAAACCACACCCCAGCCAAUCAGGCCGAGCCCCCUGCCUGUCAUCAAGGUGCACAUGCUCUCUCUGUGCGAGAAUGGGGAGGCUGUGUAACCACGGCGACCAGGGAUCCUGCAACCAGCCCUGACUCAGCGCACUCUGAACUCCUAAACUAAACAAGAACCAGGAUUCAAGUGUUAGGAAUUGGAAACUGUUGGGAGGGGAAAAUAUUUCUCCAAAAUCCUGGAACAAAGAAAGAACUGGAGUCCUUCCCAGAGCCGCUUCUCAAUGGGACUUGUGACUGUGCUCAUCAGACCCCUGGUGUUACUCAAUCAAAACUGAGGGGUAAAGAAAGCAUUUCAGGAGUCUGCAGUUCACAGAAUACUGCUGGACAGGACUCUCUUGUAAAUGAGUAUUUCUGUACAGCACUAGCCCCGGUCUUCUCCAGAGUGGGCGUGUCUAAUCCCUCUCCUAACUCCUCCCACUGCUAGCUGAGCUCACAGUUCUGACUAAUUGAUCCUCUGUCCUCCAUGUGUUCUAGAAUCCCUGUUAUGAUGUCACUGCUUUGCACAAGGGAAUGGGAAGCACAGCAUUGAAGCCAAGACAGACAGAACUAUGAGCAACACCAAAUGCCUUCCUUUAUAAAAGUGUCCCUAAAUAAAAGCAUUGCACAUUACUGUAGUAAAGCAUGGUAAAGAUAGAUACAGCAAUGUAAAGCCCAGUGAGGUAUGGCAAAGCAUAUUACAUAAACAUGGCAAACCAUGGUAAAUGAUGGUAAAGACUAACCAGUGUGCAAAUUUACUGUGGUAACUGAUUUUAAAGUGUUAUCUUGAAGCCUAUGCAAAGACAAAUCCAGAUCUUAUCAGAGGAAUACGAACAUGUCUAACUGCAGAACCAGCUGAGCUGCAGGGAGGCAGGCGGGUGCAGGUUCUUUUUUUGAGUCGGUAUUCUAUUACUCUCUUGCCUCUAAGAGCCCUGAGACUGUGAUUGUGCAGUAAUUCAUGUUUUAUUGUGACACGCACCGGCAGUUUGAAUAUUCGCACAGACAAUACAACUAAAAGCCAAUGCUAAACGAAAAACACUUUGAUUAAAAUAAAUCCUGUGGAAGGACGCAAAGCUAAGACAUGAAUGUAAAAAUCUGACCUUGGCAUCCUUGGCAGUUUGAUCAGGAUGGGGGCUGGGAUGUGGAUAUGGAUGUGUGGCGUGUGCACACAGCUCUCUGAAUGUCUUGUUUGAUGUUAAAUUCUACUUCUCUAUGUUGAUUUUGGCCGUGCCAUUUCAACAGCUGCUCUUCCAUAAUUACAGAGCGAGUCUUCACAUUAUAAAUCACUUACCGUAUGAGAGAUCAGCCAAUCACUGGAAAGGAUUCCAGUACAUCUGCUCUUGUGUAUCAAUGUCAUCCCAUGCAGGGAACAUAUGCCACCAUCCUGAAGCUUAAAAAACAAUAGCAGAGUACAGUCUUUGUAUUUCUGAUUCCAUGUAUGUUGAUCAGCCUUGCUUUGUGUUCCUCUCGUUCAAAUUGCACGAGAUGACAUCUCUUUUAACUGUAAGACACGUCCUGCACACGAUGAAAAAUUACCUGUCAAAAUGGCUGGGAUUCGAAAAUGAAUCCAAUCUUUUCCUUUUCAUAAUCCAACUGGAUUCAAAACUAAUGCCCAAAGGAUUCUUUUUCUCAUGGAUUGGGAAUGUUUCACGUAGCAAAUAUAUGACUUUAUCUGUCUCCCCUUCAGGCCCUGACUUCACAAAUGUGGAUUUCAAAUUCUGUGUUCAAUAAAUCAAAUGACUCUUGAGUAUAAUGUUAAAAGAGAAGUUUAAAAUCAAUUUAUUUAGCUUAUAUAUUUUGAUAAUGUUUCAGAAAACGUCGGGACUGAAGCGGAUAGAUGUUUUCAUCUUAAAAGGAACAGUUUGUUUAAUUUUAUAAUAUAAAAUAAAAUAUAUAUGUGCAGUAUGUGCGGUAAGGGCUGUUCCUGCACCCCCAGUUACUGCUCCCAGUGCUCCCAGUCUGGGAUAGCAGCUGUCAGAGUGACGCUCCCAGUGAUCUGGGGGACGUCAGGCAAUGGUUUCCAGUUUAAAUGUUGUACUUCCUGUGUGUUUUGAUGUCAUGUGUUGGAGUAAAACAAGAAGAUAUUUUAA